ACUCACCCUAAGCACUUCAGGAUGUCACCCUCCAGCUCCGGACCUCCGAGCUUCUAUAAACUCACACUGAAAGUCUCAGUUUUUACUGAGAAAUGAAACCGAGCAGAACGAUGAGUGUGACUUCCUGUUUUCUGAGUCUAAGUGCCUCUUCGACCGAUAAGUUUCCGUUCCUGAGGCUCCAGCAGAAGACAAGUUCAGCCGUUUUACUCUAAAACACGUUUAGAAAGACAUUUCUGAACAAUGAGCUGAAGGAAGUGCCUUAUGUUGCAGUGAUGGGAUCUUCAGCUUCCAAACGUCCAGCUCAACGCUCAUAUCUUACUAAACCGUGGAUGGAGAUGAACUGGGGAGACAAAGAGUCCAACCUGCGGUUUAUUACCAGCUACAAGCCUCAGGCUGAAGAUCAGCAGUUCAGGAUUCUCCUCCAUGGACCGGCUGGAGCUGGAAAGUCCAGCUUCAUCAACUCUGUCAACAGCGUCCUGCAGGGCAGAGUGAGCACCGUUGCUCCCGUGAAUAAUCCUGACCAGGACGGCUUCACUAAAAAGUACACGGGCUACAGGAUUCAAGUGAAAGACGAGGACAAUUUUUACCCCUUUGUGAUAAAUGACAUGAUGAGCCUGAGGACCAACAGCAGGAGAACCAGGAAAGUUAACGUGAAAGACGUGAAGAAAGCGAUGAAGGGACACAUCAGAGACGGUUACACUUUCAAUCCUGAAUGCAGUUUGUCCAAAAGUGAUGAACAUUACAAUGAUUCUCCGGGGGCCAGCGACAAAGUGCACGUCCUGGUUUGUGUGAUGGAUGCCAGCUCAGAACGUCUGAGAACCGAGGUGGUGGAAAAUAUUCAGGACAUCAGAGAGGAGGCCACAGAUCUGGGAAUCCCUCAAGUGGCUAUUUUAACAAAAAUUGAUGUGGCCUGCCCCAAAACCAAAAAUGAUAUAAAGAAGAAUUUAUGCAGGAGCAAACUAAUACAUGACAGGGUCCAGGAGUUCAGCAGGCAGGUUGGCAUCCCUAAAAACAACAUCUUCCCUGUUAAGAACUACGAGCUGGAGAAGAACGUGAACGCCGACGUUGACGCCCUGAUCCUUCACGCCCUGAAACGUAUCAUUGAGAUCGGCAACGACUCUCUGAAAAAGGACUAAAAAUUACCCAUUUAACGUAACCAUCCCAGCUCUGAUGGAUACGAUCCUUCAAGUCUGUGUAAACUGCUACGCUUUAAAUAUUACUGCAUAUUUAGCAUUACUGCUUAAGUUUUUAUUUUUAUAAUGGAAAGCCAAAACAUUUGACGCUGUAUAACUGAAAGAAGCAGAAAGGUGUGAAGUUUUGUUUCCAUUCUUUAAUCUGAACACGGCAAAGCUGCAAUAAGCUGUUACACUAAGAUGUGAGCAAUUUUAUGCACAAUAUCCAUGUGGAGUAUUAGUCCGAUAACUGGUCUAAACAACUGCUUUGUUUUAGACAAUAUAAUUUUCUACAAUUUUGCAAAAAUGUUUCGAACUUUCUAGGGGGGAAAUGCAAAUGUUUUGUAUAAAAACAUUAUAACCUCAACUUUCAAUGCAUUUCUGUGGGACACGUGAAGUGGAACAAAACAACAAAAGAGGUCUAAAAUGUUUGAUGUGCGUUUUAAACCCUGAUUAAACACUUUUUGAACCAC